AAAACCCUACGCGCGUUUCUGCAACGAAUUAUCGAAGCUUAAGAAGAAAACCAUGGAAUCUCCAAUGAAGAAAACGAAGAAGAUGAAGAAGAAAACACCAAAACAACACAGCAUAACUGAAAUCAAAACCCUAGGUCAAGAACUUCUCUCCUCUGCCUCACACAUCAACAACCUCCCUCUCCUUCUCACCUUCAUCUCCCCUUCUUCUCCACCUCACCACAUCCUCGAAUCGAUUCUCUCUCUUCACUCCUUCUUCCUCCCUCUCCUCCCUCAACUCCCUUCCUCCGCCGCCACCAGCAGCAGUUCCUCCGCUGACUCCGAUCAAUCCGAAUUCAUUUACCUCACGUGGCUCCGUUCGAAAUUCGAUGAGUUUCUCAAAUUGCUUAUCGAUGUUCUCGUUGCGGAUGAAUCCGAUGAAACGAUUAAGGAAGUUGUGCUUGAUACGUUGAUGGAGUUUGUUAAGGUUGCUAAUGGUGGAGCGUUUCAUUCUUCAUUGUAUAACAGAAUUCUUCGUAGUAUUAUUCACUCCACUAGUAAUGCUGAAUUUUUGAUUGAUUUACUAAUAUCGAAGUAUUUCAAGUAUAUUGAUGUUCGUUAUUUUACAUUCAUAAGCCUAGAAAAGCUCACAAGAAAUCUGGAUGGCAAAGAUGCUUCAGAUGAUAAAACUGCAAGCGCAGAUGGCACCGAUGAAAGUCAAUUAAGCUCAAGUACCGAGUUCAUCAUCCACAAUAUGUACUACACCAUAUCACAUAUUCCCCCUCUUGAAAAAUCAGACGAUACAUCUCAUUUAGAAAUGUGGAGUUUAACAGAUGUGGAUGCAGAUGAUAAGCAGCUUAAGUCCAAGAAACGUAACAAUAAUGUAUUGUCUGCAGCCAGAAUUGCGAAGAAGAUGAAGUUAAAAUUUACUAAAGCUUGGAUUGCGUAUCUUAGGUUGCCACUUCCAUUGGAUUUGUUCAAAGAGGUUCUUGUAAACCUUCACCAAGCAGUGAUUCCUCAUCUGUCCAAUCCCAUCAUGUUAUGUGAUUUCUUGACAAGGUCGUAUGAUGUAGGUGGUGUAGUCAGCGUGAUGGCUCUUAAUAGUCUUUUUAUCCUAAUGACCCAGCAUGGAUUGGAAUACCCAAAAUUUUAUGAAAAACUCUAUGCACUAUUAGUUCCAUCUAUCUUCAUGGCAAAACAUCGUGCAAGGUUUUUCCAGCUUCUUGAUUCUUGCCUAAAGUCACCCCUUCUUCCAGCUUACCUGGCUGCCUCAUUUGCAAAGAAAUUGAGUAGGCUGUUGCUUUCAGUUCCACCUUCUGGUGCAUUGGUUAUUACAUCUCUGGUUCACAAUAUUUUGCGUAGACAUCCUUCGAUCAACUGUUUGGUGCAUCGGGAAGAAGUUAAUGAAGACAGUGAACAUAGAACAGACGAAGAGACCAAUUCUAACUUGGAUAAUGCUCAUAAUGUUGCAAAGCCCUGCCAGAAAUCAGGCCUUGACCAUUUUAACAUUGAGGAAUCUGAUCCUAUGAAGUCAGGCGCCAUGAGAAGCUCUCUUUGGGAAAUUGAUACUGCUCUUCACCACUACUGUCCUCCUGUCUCACGGUUUGCUUUGUCUCUUGGGACUGAUUUGACAGUCAGAGCAAAAACAAGUGAAGUUAAUAUUGGUGAUUUUAGUGCUGGUUCUUAUGCAACAAUACUUGGAGCGGAGAUUACACGGAGGGUGAAGCAGGUUCCUCUAGCAUUCUACAAAACAACUCCAUCCUCUCUCUUUUCAGAGAAUGAUUUUGCUGGUUGGACUUUCAAAUGUGAAGAAAAUUCUGAAACGAUCAUCGACAAUAACGAGAAUGGGGCUAAAGAUUUAUUGGACCAGGAACACAGUCCCGCUAAAAGACAACGAAUUGAGUGUCAGUGAAUCUGAUUCAUGUUUUGAUCACCUGUGAAAUUAAUGUUUGUUCGGUAAAGAUAUGGUAUUUGUAUUUUAUAUUUUUCUUUUGGGAAAGAAAAAAGGCAUGCCCCCGUUGAAAAUUUUGAUGUUCUUCAAUUAAGCUGCAGAUACUUGAGGUAUAUGGUAAAUUUGGAAGUGUUUUUAGAGAAAAGAAGUAAUACGUCUAGCGAAGGGUAGUUUAUGUUGGAAGUUAUACCUAAAUCCAUACUCCUGUUAUAGUGAUGACUAUUGGAGCAUAAGCAUAACAUAUUAUUUAUUUAUAGUUUAUCUAUGGGGGCGAUAAGUGUUUACCCAAACUACCAGUUUUGUAGUCUUUACUCCUUAUUAAUUCUCCAUGAGAAAUUUUGAGUUUGUUGUCUUAGAUUUUUUUAUUUAUAUUGAUUAAGAAGAAAAAAGACAAUGAGAGAAUAUUUUGGAUUGAAAGUAAGUACAAAUAUUUAGUGUCCUGUUUAGUA